GCGGGGCUCUUCAUAAACAGCGGACUGUUCUCCGUAUCUGGAUAUCUUUUUCGUCAAAAUGUCUCACACUUCUCCUUCUCUAAGCCGAGCCCGGAUGAUGAAAGGAACAGGCAACGGCGGCUUUCAUCAGAAAAUAGCAACAACAUGACGACUGAGCUGAGCUGAGUGACCGAUGACCGAUGGGCUUAUGAUCCGAUGGACGUGCCUCUAUGUAACGCAACAAGGGGCGGAAGACGACACGAGACGAGACGAAAAAAGAUAUCCAGUCGUGUCAUGACAAGAGAUCCAACACCAAAGAAAGAGAGAGAGAGAGAGAGAGAAAGAGAAAGAGAGAGAGAGAGAGAGAGAGAAAAGGCCGUGGCUGGAAUCGAAUCCGCUGUCGUCCGCUCGCCCCACGUCUCGUGGUGUUGGUGUUGGCAAUUAGUCCCACCCAUCGUCGAAAGACGGCGAGAAAGGCAGUCGGGAUCUCGUCAUGGGUGUGCGGAUGCGCGAUUUGCCAGGAUGUUUUUGCGAGGAGGCUUGAACUGUUCAACUGAUGAACGAGGGCCCCCGUCGGAAGACUGACUGACUGAUGGAGGUACGAAGGAAGUCGUGUAGUGUAGGGGUGAAUAG